UCACUCAAGGUAGAUCUCAUUUUGUUUGAAACUGGAUACAGUUGUAACCAAACCACACACCCACGAGAGGGUAUGAUGGCUAAGAAGCCCCCGAAACCAGCCCCUCGAAGGAUCUUCCAAGAGAGGUUAAAGAUUACUGCUCUACCUUUAUACUUUGAAGGUUUUUUAUUAGUCAAGCGCUCAGAAUACCAGGAAUAUAAACAAUAUUGGACAGAGUUGAGAGGAACUACCCUUUUCUUUUAUAAUGACAAAAAAAGCACAAUAUAUGUUGACAAGCUAGACAUAAUAGACCUCACAUGCCUUAAUGAGCAGAAUUCAUCUGAUAAAAAUUGUGCAAAAUUCACCCUUGUUUUGCCAAAAGAAGAAGUGCAACUGAAGACGGAGAACACAGAGAGUGGGGAAGAAUGGAGAGGCUUCAUUCUUACAAUAACAGAGCUGUCAGUUCCCCAACAUGUGUCACUCCUUCCUGGACAAGUAAUUAGACUGCACGAAGUCUUAGAGAAAGAAAAGAAAAGGAGGAUUGAGACAGAGCGGCUGUCAAGUACAUCUCCGGAAGAAGAGAGGGAACCAAUAGAGGAUUAUGUGGAUGUACUGAACCCUAUGCCAGCAUGUUUCUAUGCUGUGUCUCGCAAAGAAGCAACUGAGAUGCUUGAGAAGAAUCCUUCAUUGGGAAAUAUGAUCCUGAGGCCUGGUAGUGACAGCAGAAACUUCUCCAUCACUAUCCGGCAGGAGAUAGACAUGCCAAGAAUCAAGCACUACAAAGUGAUGAGGGUAGGAAAAAGCUACACUAUUGAACUGGAAAAACCUGUAACACUUCCAAACCUUUUUAGCGUCAUUGAUUAUUUCAUGAAGGAGACUCGAGGAAAUUUACGACCAUUUAUAUAUUCAACUGAUGAAAACCUUGAGACCGAAGGAUUUCCUGUAACAUCUCUAAAAUAAAUAGAAAAAAUAGGAUGGUGGGGAGGGGAAUCCAAUGUAAUUGACCUCCUUCAUAAAUUGUGAAGUCACCUAAUGCUAUGUAACAAACCACCCCCAAAACAUGCUGUGCAACAAACCACCCCUAGAACAUGGUGGUUAAAUCAACAAACCUUUUAUUUGCUCAGGAUUCUGUGCAUCAGCAAUUUGGACUGAACCAGGCUUUUCACCUGGUCUCUAAGCCUUGAGCUUAGGCUCUCACAUGAGGUCUCAGAGCAAUUAAAGGAGAGAAGGGUAGCUACAUGUCCUUGGGCUAGAAAUCCUUAGUACUGAGAAUAAAAUUCAGAAAGUCCUCAUGGAAGUUGUUGACAGGGUCUGCACUUUUAAGCAAAAAAAAUGUUUAAUCAAGCCAAUUUUAUCAUCAGCUAAUUGACAUAAACAAAA